AUGCCUCCAGGACAUCACCAACAAGCAGCCAUCAACCAGGCGACUAUAGCGCAACACCAUGCCCCGGGUCAGGCCCUUACGAGCGAGCUAGCAAAACGUCGCAGUCGAAAGCCUACCGAUAAAACGUUGCCAGACGGCGUAGAGGACUGUAUCACAGAUUCUGAGGUCGCCCAGAGAUACAAAGAAUUGCGCGACUUCGAGCGCCGCCUCGAUGCGACUAUGACUCGCAAACGCCUUGACAUCGUCGAGGCUGUUGGUCGCAACGCAAAGCGGUAUAAAACCCUGCGAGUCUGGAUUAGCAACACCGUCGAAGACCAGGCAUGGCAAGGCAGCGGACUUAGCGUCGACAGCUUCGACUUCACACCAAGUGCUGAGCCUUCCUAUCGCGUCAAGAUUGAAGCUCGUUUGCUUGACGAUGACCAGGACGAAUCUGUUGAGGAUGUUGCCCAGAACGAAGAUCAAAUGGACGAGGAUGACGCCCCCAGCUCAAGACGUCAAAGCUCAGCCCCGGCGCCGCAGAAGUGUCGAUUUUCGCGCUUCUUUAAGGCUCUCAACGUUGAGUUUGACCGAAGCCGCUCACGAGCGGCAUCCGAUCAGACUGUUGAAUGGAAGAGGCAGUCUGCACAGAAUGCUACGAACGUCUCAGACUUCGACGAGUUUACCUUCAAAAGGAGUGGGGACGAGAACAUGAACAUCACUGUCAACUUGCAUCGCCUGGAGGACCCAGAACGAUACCUUCUAAGCCCCGAGCUGGCUGAAGUUGUGGAUAUGAUCGAGGCGUCCAGACAAGAGGCUGUUCUAGCCGUGUGGGAGUAUAUCAAGAUGAUGGGCUUGCAAGAAGACGAGGAGAAACGUAACUUUCGCUGCGAUGACCUCCUAAGAAAGAUUAUCAAUGGCAAUGACGUGGGCAUGAUUCCAAACUUGAACGACUACAUCCAGCCUCACCUACGACCUCUUCCCCCAAUUAGUCUACCGUACACGGUUCGAGUGGAUGAGACGUUCCAUCAGGAUCCUCAGCCCACGGUUUAUGACGUACGGGUGGCUAUGGAGGAACCCCUUCGAUCCAAGCUGGUGCCUUUUGUGGCUAACCCAGCCUAUGCCAGUGCUCUGAAGAAUGUGGCUACUUUGGAUGAGCAGUUGGCGACACUGGUCUCGGCGAUUGCCAGUUCGAAGGCGAAACACUCGUUCUUCACAUCCAUGAGCCAAGAUCCAGCAAACUUUGUGAGAAACUGGAUCAGCUCCCAGAAACGAGAUUUGGAGGUAAUCAUGGGGGAGGCGACAAGAGGAGGCGGAGAAGAUGCAACCGGCGACGACUGGCGGCGGGGCGGAAAGGAAAGUGUAUGGGCCUCCUCGAACGCGCGAGAGAGUGUUAGUGUGAUGCUGGCGAAGCAGCCGACUCAGGCCUCUCGCUGA